UUUCAAAUUCCGAAAUUUCAAUUAAUUCAAAGAAUUAAAUUUUUCAGACCAUGCUACUUCUCUCCCAUCCAGUGUUUAUUACACAGUCCAGACCACGAUAGAAAAUUCGAAAACUAUCCAGAAUUUCAGCAAAAUCCUCGUUCAUUCCGUGCAUCAAAAUUGAUAAAAAUGGAUGAAUUAAUUCCUAAACUAAAAGAAGAGGAAAUUUUGGAAGAAAUAAAUGAAACAAAUUCUGAUAAUAAUAACAAAGAAAAUCAACUAUUUUCUUCUUUAUUUGUAAAAGUUGAGAACAAUCAGAAUGGCCAAAAAAUAAAUAAUGUGCCGAAUUUAAAGGCGGCUUUAGAGCAAUUAUUAAGAAAUGCACAGGGGAGGAAAUUAAGACAAAAAACAAGAAGAAUGUUGAGACAAAGCAAUCCAAAUAUUGUUUUGCCUAAUCUAAAUGAUAAAGAAAUAAUUGAUUUGGCUAAUAUUAAUGAUAAAACAAGCACUAAAAGGGAAGGAAAAGUUGGAAUAUUUUCUACAAAUCCUUUCAUAAGAAAUCAACAUCCUUCAGGCAAACCAUGGAUGAGAGGAUUUUGA